GCCAACUUCAAGUGAGCAAAAUAGUGCGCACAGCUAACUUCGCGUGACAGGCACAUAAAUAAGUUUAAAAUACAUUUUUUAUUCGGUCUUAAAAUAUAUAUAUUAAAUAUUGAUAGCAAUGUCUAUAGCUAAGCGUGUGCAGCAAUGGGCGACAUUUGCGCGUACCUGGCACAUUUACGAUUGCACCUGGCAAAAUCCUUUUGAGUCCGCGCAACUGGUGAAAACACACUUGAUGGGCCUACAUAAGCCUAUUUAUCAUCCAAUGAUCUCCAGACGAACAUUGUGCACGACACAACUGCAGAAAGAGUUUCAGCAAACGCAACUGUUGCCCAUUUAUCAGGUGAGAAAACGUAAUAUGGGUCGUUUGAGCAGCGUCGAUCCCAGCUCCUACUCCGAGCCGGAGCUGAUUACCACCGAGCACAGCGCUAUCCAUUGGAAAGUGGAUUUCGACGCAACGAAGCUGCGCGGCAGUGUCCUGCACAGAUUCAAUGUGCUGUCCAGUAAUAUAGAGAAUAUUCUUCUGGAUGUACGUGACAUAGAUGUAAAGAACGCCACGUUGCUUGCUGGGGGCUCGGAGCAGCCUAUUAAUUACUUCAUCAGCGAUCCCGUGCCCGAUAUGGGUCAGAAGCUCACGCUGGAGCUGCCAGCAGGCACAGCAAAGGGCAGUCUUAACGUACGCAUUGAUUACGAGACGGCUAGCAACGCAAGCGGGCUGCAAUGGCUGAACCCCAAUCAGACGUUGGGCAAGCAGCAUCCGUACAUGUUCUCGCAAUGCCAGGCCAUACACGCUCGGUCCGUGAUGCCCUGCCAGGAUACGCCAGCUGUGAAGUUCACCUACGAUGCCGUUGUGGAGCAUCCCAAGGAGUUGACCGCACUGAUGAGUGCGCUGAUCGAUAAGAACGAGCCGGGCAAGACCCACUUCAAACAGGAAGUGCCCAUACCAGCGUAUCUGGUUGCAAUUGCCAUUGGCAAACUUGUGUCGCGCCGAUUGGGCGAGAACUCGAAUGUGUGGGCCGAGGAGGCUAUUGUUGAUGCCUGUGCUGAAGAGUUCUCGGAGACAUCGACAAUGCUGAAGACCGCCUCGGAUUUGUGUGGGCCGUAUGUGUGGAAGCAAUACGAUUUGCUUGUGAUGCCACCUUCAUUUCCAUUUGGUGGCAUGGAGAAUCCUUGCUUGACCUUUGUCACUCCCACUCUGCUGGCCGGAGAUAAGUCCUUGGCUAAUGUGGUUGCCCACGAAAUCGCCCACAGCUGGACGGGGAAUCUUGUGACCAACAAGAACUUUGAGCAUUUCUGGCUAAACGAGGGCUUCACUGUUUUCGUCGAAUCCAAGAUUGUGGGCCGCAUGCAGGGCGCCAAGGAGCUGGACUUCCGAAUGCUCAGCAACCUCACUGAGCUACAGGAAUGUCUACGCACUCAACUGGCUGGUACACCGGAGCUAACACGACUGGUUGUUGACUUGAGUAACUGCGGUCCGGAUGAUGCCUUCUCCUCAGUACCUUACAUCAAGGGCUCCACUUUCCUGCGCUAUUUGGAGGAUUUGCUUGGAGGCCCGACUGUCUUUGAGCCGUUCCUGCGCGAUUAUCUGAAGAAGUUCGCAUACAAAUCUAUUGUCACAGAUGAUUUUAAGAGCGCCCUGUACGAUUAUUUCAAGGACACGGACAAGAAGGAUAAGCUGGGUGUUGUUGACUGGGAUUUGUGGCUGAAGAGCGAGGGCAUGCCGCCCAUCAUACCAAAAUUCGAUGAGUCCCUUUCCAAUGUGACCAAGGACCUUGCCAACCAGUGGAGCUCUAAGACUGUGGAUGAAUUGGCCAAGAGUAAGGAUAUUAACCAGCCCAUUUCCAUACACCAGUUGAUUGAAUUCCUGGGAAAACUGAUUGAGAGCAAAACCAUUGUUGAGCUAAACGAACGCAAAAUCGAGCUGCUGGAAAACACAUACAAUCUAAAGAAUUCAAAGAAUGCCGAAGUGCGCUUCCGUCUCAAUCGUUUGAUCAUACGUGCUCGCCUUAUCCAGCGUCUGGACGAGAUUAUCGAGUUUGCCAACUCGAAUUUCCGCAUGAAGUUCUGCCGUCCCAUUUAUCGGGACUUGGGCGCCUGGCCAGAGGCCAAGCCAGCAGCUGUGAAGAAUUUCCUCAAUGUCAAGGAUCAAAUGAUGGCCGUCUGCUCGCACACCAUCGAAAAGGAUCUGGGCUUGAAGGAAACCUAAAUUGCAUUUUAUGAAGUUCAACUUGAGGAUGGUUUGAAAAUCAAAGAAAAAGACUAAAAAUUAAACAAAAAUUUCAGUAUA